AUUUUUAUCUCUCAUUCCGUUUUACGGCAAUAAAAUGGUUAGCCAGAACCAAACAAGAAUCUCUGAAAUUGUCCUUUUGGGUAUCUCCGCCCAACCUGAAUACCAGGUUCUCCUCUUCCUGCUUUUCCUCUCCAUCUACCUGUUGGCUGUACUGGGGAAUCUCCUGAUUCUCCUACUUAUCCGCUUUGAUGACCACCUCUUUCACACCCCUAUGUACUUCUUCCUCAGCAACCUCUCCCUGGUUGACACCAUUUUUGUUUCCACCACUGUUCCCAAGAUACUGGUGAAUUUGAUGUCUCAGACCAAGACCAUUUCCUACAGGGGGUGUUUGACCCAGAUGUAUUUCUUCUUGACCUUUGGCAACACAGAUAACUUCCUCUUGGCCUGCAUGGCUUAUGAUCGCUACGUGGCCAUCUGCCGCCCGUUGCACUACUCCAUGGUGAUGAGCCACAAGUGCUGCCUCCUACUGGCGUCUGGAUCCUGGAUCAUUUCUGCUCUCCACUCCUUGCUCUACACACUUCUGAUAUCACGUCUUUCUUUCUGCACGCCUUGGGAGAUCCCCUACCUCUUCUGUGAUGCCUACCCUCUUCUGGAACUCUCCUGUUCUGACACGAAGCUCAUCAAGACCCUGGUGCAGACGGAGGGAGUGUUGGAUAUUCUAGGACCCUUCAUUCUCAUCAUCUUCUCCUAUACACAGAUAUUCUGCACAAUCACAAAACUUCCAACUACUGCUGGGAAAUGUAAGGCCUUCUCCACCUGUGGUUCUCACCUGGCUGUGGUGGUCUUGUUCUAUGGCACCAUCAGCUGCCUCUAUUUGCAGCCUGCCUCUGCUUACUCAGCCCAGAAAGGCACCUUUAUAUCUCUCUUGUAUGCAGUGGUGAUCCCUAUGCUAAACCCCUUUAUCUAUAGUCUGAGGAACCGGGACAUAAAGGCAGCUAUGGCAAGAUUUCUUUGCAGGAUCAGAGAUUUUCUGAGGAAGUGA